AGUAAGCGUGCAAAAGAAGUAUAAAUCGGCAUCAUCGACCAAAUUUAUAGAAACAGGAGUUUAGAGUGAUCAUAAAAAUAAAAGAUGGAUGAAAAAGAGACAUUUGACGACAUGGUGGUAGCAACCACUACUACGUUGCCAGUAGCCAUGCCGGCUGAACUACCUGAGAUCAAAUUGUUCGGCCGUUGGAAUUGCGACGAUGUCCAAGUAAAUGACAUGUCUCUGCAAGAUUAUAUUGCUGUUAAAGAAAAAAAUGCCAAAUAUCUUCCACAUUCAGCGGGACGAUAUGCAGCUAAACGGUUUCGGAAAGCACAGUGUCCUAUUGUGGAACGUCUUACUAACUCUCUGAUGAUGCAUGGUAGAAAUAACGGAAAGAAGCUGAUGGCUGUCCGUAUUGUAAAACAUGCAUUUGAGAUAAUACAUCUUUUAACUGGCGAGAAUCCUUUACAGGUUCUUGUCACAGCUAUUAUUAAUUCCGGUCCACGCGAAGACUCUACACGUAUUGGACGUGCCGGAACGGUAAGGAGACAAGCUGUGGAUGUGUCUCCCUUGCGUCGAGUCAACCAGGCAAUUUGGCUUUUAUGUACGGGUGCGAGAGAAGCUGCAUUCCGUAACAUCAAGACGAUUGGAGAAUGCUUAGCUGACGAACUAAUUAACGCUGCAAAAGGUUCAUCUAACUCUUACGCUAUCAAGAAGAAAGAUGAAUUAGAACGUGUUGCUAAAUCCAAUCGAUAAAUAUUUUACACAUGUGAAAUUACAAAUAAAUGUUUUGUCUUUAAAUA